AUGGAAAAAACGCCAUCAUUAAGGAACUUUUGACUCUUGUGGAAAAACUAUUAAACAAAUUGGAAAAUAAAAAUGCUUAUAUAGAGACUGGAUUACUUUGUUUAAUAGGGAAGUACAAUGAAGUUAGGAGCAAAUGUAUGGUCCAUAGUAAAUUUGCUGUUUAUAAAAAAGUUAAGAUGGAAAAGUCAGACUAUGCUGAUUUGGAAAAAGAAUCUAUAUUACAGUUGGAAAAUGUUUUAAAAAGUGUAAAUAUGUCACUCUAUGACUACGAACUGUUAAUAUUGAUGAAAAUUCGAAGCAACGACGAAUUCCUUGGGGAUAAAUCUCAAACUCUGGUGCAGGCAGAAGAAAAGCUUCAAACGUCGAUUCCUGAAGAAAUGAAAUUCUUUAAGGAACCGUUGCAAAAAGUUUUCAAUGCUCUUGGUAUUUGGAACGUUUAA